AUGAUCCUCGGUGACGGGCUCUACAACUUCAUAAAGGUCCUUUAUUACACUUUGUCCGGCUUGUAUCGCCAUUUCAAUGACAAUAAAACCAAAUCGGAAGAAGCCAUUAUCGGUAACUCAUUGCCCGAUCUUCCUUCCCUGUCUUGUGAUGACCAAAAACGCACUCGAUUGUUUCUCAAUGAUCAGAUUCCUACAUGGAUCGCAAUAGUUGGCUAUCUAACCAUUUCUAUUGUCUCCAUUAUCAUUCUUCCACACAUCUUCCACCAGCUCAAGUGGUACUACGUCGCUGCUAUUUACGUAUGCACCCCGAUUUUAGCGUUCUGUAACGCUUUUGGAUGCGGGCUCACCGACUGGUCAUUAGCAUCGACCUACCGUAACCGACUCGCGUCUUCGUUCCCGUCUCGCCGGAAUCCUGCACCACCACCGGAGCCACCGCGUGUUCGCCGACCGACCGUCGAUUCCGAUAUUAAUAUUAUCAGAAAUAUUAUUAAACAGAUUUAG